GCAGCCCACAGAGUGCUGUGCACCAGGGUGAAGAAAGAGCACCGGACACACAUCUUUGUGACAGAGGAAGGGAGUAGAAGGAAGGGGGUGAUUUUAAAUCUAACAGUUAAUAUUUAUCCUCUGCUUCCAGCUACUAGUCCCGCCUUUCUCUUUAGCCUAUGCCUGCCUCUUGGGAUAUUCCUCUUUUUCUUGGAAGAGAGUGAAAAUGGAAAUACCAAUAUAGACAAGGACUCCUUUUAUAUUCUGCUGUAUUCUGUUAUCUGCAUCUGUAAAGGAAAGGGAAGCCAGAAACCUUCCAUUCUUGGGCAUUUGGCUCUGGACCCAGCAAGUUCUGCCAGCAUCCAGCCUUCCUGUCUGCCAGAGGACCCUGACUCCUGAUCAGAGCAGAGAGGAGCUGAGGAGAGAAGACAUCAAGCAGGCAACUGAUCCCCAGGGCCCGUAGCCUGGAAGAGUCAACAUGCUGGAGCAGAUUCAUCUUCUGGCUGCUGUGACAGUUCUGGGUGUCUUAGAGCAAGCUUACUUCAGCCUCCAGGUGAUCUAUGCCAGGCGGACGUAUGGCAUUUCUCCUCCCAAAGUUGCAGGGCCCCCAGAAUUCGAGAGGAUCUUUCGAGCACAGGUGAAUUGCUCUGAGUAUUUCCCCAUCUUUGUGGCUGUUCUCUGGCCGGCUGGCCUCUUCUUCCAUCAAGGUCUGGCUGCUGUCUGUGGCCUGCUUUACCUCUACGCACGCUACCUCUACUUCACAGGGUAUAAGAAGUCUGCCUCGGGAAGGUUAACCCCAAUGUACUUCAACGCUGGGUUAAUCUGGAUUCUCAUUGGACUGUCAGGAGCUGGGAUCCUGCACUCUCUGCUCUUUCACUAUGUGGGGCUGAAUGUCCUGCGGCUCAUGGACUUAUGAGAAAAGCAUCUACUUGGGCAAAGCCUUCCCUUCUCUGCUGCACUCACAGGUUCCUGCUUCAUCCUGUCCUAACGCUGUGCCCUGUACAGGUGUCAUACCUCUGCUAACAGAUUGGCUGUGCCCAGCCCUGCCUUCCCGUGGAGGGAAUGUCAGCUCCCACAUUUUGAGCACAUCGUAUGUCGGCUCCCUGGAACUGGCAAGAGCUGCUAGGGAAACACUGGAGUGAAGUCAGCCAGGGCUGCCCUGAGACAAGUGGCCAUGAGGAAUGUUCCUGGGUGGGGUGGCAGAACCCAGAGGAAGUGUGACUGGGGGCACUGGAGGGGAUGCCCAAGGAGGCUUUUGGGGAACACCUCCCUGCCUCUCAGCUGCCAGCUCUGCUGUCUCCCUCCAGACCUCACCUCUUUUUGCAGAAGCUGGAGCACUGGGAAGGGUGACCCUGCUAGGUGCCAGUGCUUGGCUUCUGUAAGCCGGGUGAUUUAUUGCACGUAUCUAAAAGGUGUUUGCUGUGUUGUUUUGACCAUAUGUGGAGCAGCCACAGGAUGUCACCUCGAGUUACCCAUUUAUUCUGACACCUGGCUUGCAGCAGAGCUUCUAACCUGUUCUAAGCACAAGAUGACUUAGUCGGGCUUUUUGGCAUGUCUCCUGCCACACAGUGCAUCUAACUUGUGCCCUGCAUGACCUUUUAACCAUGACUUCCCUUGCUUUUGUUUCUAUGUUCUGCUAACCCUGGGAGCCAGGCAAGAUGAGAGAAGGAGGAGGAGAAUCCAAAGGCAGGCAGUGGAACAAGCUGUGUUGUAAACGAGGGCCAUAUAAAGAGGCAGCUUUGAGCUCCCAGUUUGGACUAGACAGAUUGAAGGUGUAACUGCUGGGAGACUGUCCUCCAGACUGGGCAUGCUGUGACUUCCCUGUGUUGGGCUGAUUCAUCUUUGAUUAGUCAACCAAUAGACCCAAGACAGCUGGUGAUCUGAGCUCGCUCACUGGGAACACGGUUCAUGGGCUAAUAGUCCCCUGCCUUGAUUCACAACAUCUGGGUGACACUAUAGAGGGGACAGGACAUGGGUGCUGGAUGCCAAGUGAUCAAUCUCAGGGGCAGUUUGGGCCUUAAGUCUAUGCAGAAAACCAUCAAAGCUGUAUGUGAUAUGUCAGUGUCACGUGGCUUUUACUUUGGGGUCAGGGACUGAAGCCUUUAUUUCAAGAAAUCCUGGUUCAAAGAACUGCAACUUUGCCUGACUAACCUAACCCCAAACCCUCGCAAGACACAGGAACCGCAGGACACCCCAGAUGAAGGCUCAUGGGAGGAUUUCAUUCCUCAAGAGCCGCCCUGGCUCUCAGGGUCACACCUGAGGCAGGCAAAUGAGAAUGCUUUUGGGUGGGUUCACAGACACAAGAACCUUGUAUGCUCCUGAGAAGAAUUUAUAUGGACCAGAACAGAUAGAUGGCUGUAGGCAUGUUUAAGAUGUGAGAUGGCUGGCUUAGGGCUUUCAUAGAAAUUAUUCUCCUUAGUACAUGGAUUGAGGACCUAAAAAGAGUUAGUCAAUACCCCUGUCAGAAAAUAAUACUAUCACUUAAUAACUACUGACCUUAGCUGGGCUUUUCUGUCAAUAAGGAUGGCUGUAGCAGUUUUGAUGUACAAGUGUCAAACAAUUAUUGCACAACAGUAUAUAUGUAAAGUAGUGGCAAUAAAAUGACGGUGAGACCAU